UUCCAGGGCAAUCACUUUGAUCAGUAUGAAGAAGGGCACCUGGAGAUAGAACAAGCCUCCCUAGACAAGCCUAUUGAAUCGCAGUUGGCCCAUAGUAGCUAAGCAGCCAUGAUCUGCCCAGUUUUUAAAGCCAGGAUAAUAUUGGACACCGCUUACUCCAGAAACAUGGGUGGAAGCUGGGCCAGGGACUGGGAAAGUCACUGCAGGAUUAGAUUUUCUUUCCAUUAUUAUUUUAUCCAAACAAAUGCACUGUUGAGUUUCCUAUUUAGCAGUUCUCAGGUGGAAGCUGCUGCCUCACUGACUGGCACAGGGAGGACAGACCCCAUCCCUAUCGUUGUCAAGUAUGAUGUCAUGGGCAUGGGGAGGAUGGAGAUGGAGCUCGACUACGCCGAAGAUGCCACUGAGCGGAGGCGAGUACUGGAGGUGGAGAAAGAAGACACUGAGGAGCUGAGGCAGAAAUACAAGGAUUAUGUGGAUAAAGAAAAGGCAAUUGCCAAGGCUUUGGAAGACCUCAGAGCAAACUUCUACUGUGAACUCUGUGACAAGCAGUAUCAAAAGCACCAGGAGUUUGACAACCACAUCAACUCCUAUGAUCAUGCUCACAAACAGAGGUUGAAGGAUCUCAAGCAGAGGGAGUUUGCUCGCAACGUCUCUUCAAGAUCACGUAAAGAUGAACGGAAGCAGGAGAAAGCCCUGCGGAGGCUGCACGAGCUGGCUGAGCAGAGGAGACAGCCUGAGUGUGCUCCUGGCAGCGGCCCCAUGUUCAGAACCACCACAGUGGCUGUGGAUGAGGAAGGUGGGGAGGAUGAGGAUCCUGCAGCCAACAGCAGUUCCUUCAUCCAGACAACUUCUGGCCAGGCUCCGGAGAUGGCUGUGGACAGAGGUUUCCUAAGCACUGGACAAGUUGGUGGCACUGUAACACAAAGCCAAGCGCCCGUCCAGCCAGCACAGGGACUCAGCUUUGGCAUGAAGAGCACUUUGGGAACUCCUCUGCAGAAGAUUGGAGUCUCCUUCUCGUUUGCCAAGAAGACUCCGGUGAAGCUGGAAACCAUCGCUUCGGUUUUCAAGGACCACGUGGAAGAGUCGAGUUCUGCAGAUGGAGGGAAAGCUGAUGAGAGAGGGUCUGCAGAUGCAGGGAGCCUGCAGAAAUCUGGUGAGGGUGAAAGCACAAAUAAUUCGGAUGGCAAGGCAGAGGAAGAUGACCAACAUGACAAAGAUAGCGGGUCUCUAGCCACUACCUUGUCUAAACUCAAAAAAAUGAGACGAGAAGACGGACCAAUGGCUGUUGAACCAGAAUACUACCACUAUAUCCCCCCAGCCCACUGUAAAGUAAAGCCUAAUUUUCAGUUCCUACUUUUCAUGAAGUCUACCGAGCAAAUGGAGGCUGAAAAUGUGAACAAAAAAACUGCACAUGAAGUUAAAAAGGGGAGUUCUCCAAAACCCAAACCCGGCAAGCACAGCGAGAAGGCUGCAGAGAGCACAGGGCAGCAGAAGGAGCAGGGUGCUACUGAAACUGCAGCUCAGCAGAGCAAACCAGAACUUAGAGAAGUCCCAGAAAAUGCGAGCAUGCAGGAGAGCAAAACUCCUCCAGAGAGCAAUCUCCCUGAGCCAGACCCUCCUGAGGAAGGCACUCAGCCUCUCCCAAGCUGUAAAGAUGUCACCGAAGGACCAAAGCACCCGACAGGACCUUUUUUCCCUGUUUUGAGUAAAGAUGAGAGCACGACUCUCCAGUGGCCUUCAGAGCUUCUCAUAUUUACCAAAGCAGAACCAUCUGUUUCCUACAGCUGUAACCCCCUGUAUUUUGAUUUCAAGCUCUCUCGCAACAAGGAUGGUAAAGGUAAAGAGAAAUCAAAGGAGCCAGGGGGGCUUUGUAAAGAAAACACUCAGAGCUCAGAAUCUGGGGAACUAAACAAAGCCAAGGAGGCAGAAGGCACAGCUAACAGUUCUGCUCUAAAGAUGGAAAACAAAUCCCUGUCUGCCUGUGGCUCCCAGAACAAGCAGGAGUCCAGCUUGGCCAGUGUCAGUAAGGGAGAGGGGGAGGACGGUGGUAAAACCAUAACUGGGAAGAGUAAAUCUGGCAGAUCCCAUAAACACAAAAAGAAAAAGAAGCACAAAAAGUCCAGCAAACACAAACGGAAACACAAGGAGGAAGCGGAGGAGAAGAGCCGGAAAACUGACCUGGGGGAAGAGAAACCCAAGAAACGGAAAAGACGCAGGCGCAAAAAAGGAAAAUCUUCCCUUUCCACCGAAUCACUAAAAACUGAGCUGUCUGAAGACUGCAGCCAUUUCCAGAAGAGGAAGUGGUGCUCUCAGGAGUCCCAGAGGAAGUCCCUGUCUGCCGAAGAGGGGAGCAGCACUAAGAAAGAGGAGGGCGGUAACUCCUGCCAAGAGCACGGGGGCAAAAAGCACAAGGCCGAGCUGCAGCAGUUGCCUGGUCUGAGGAGGAGGUGUUUGGGCCCUUCCCUGGGCAGGCCCAGCCGCAGGAGCCGGCAGAGCAGUGGGGACUACGACAGCGAGGAGGGCUCCCACGGGAAGCACUGCCGGCAGAAAUCCCCCUCCCGGGACAGCGACGACUUCGACUCCGGCAGCGAGCGCUCCCGCAGCCGCUCGCGGUCAGGACGCAGGCACUCCUCCCGCAGGUCCUAUUCCAGCAGCUCCGAGGCCUCCUCCGAGCAGAGCCGGUACAGCCGGAGGAGGAGUUACUCGGACGACAGCUACAGCGAUUACAGCGACCGCUCCAGGGGCCGCUCCAAGCGAUCCCAGGACUCUGAGGACGACUCCGACUACAACGGCUCCGAUCGCAGGUCGAAGCGGCGCAAGUACUCCUCCUCUGAGGAUGACUACAGCUCCAGCAGGAGCAGGUCGAGGAGUCGAAGCAGGAGCCGAAGCCACCCUCGGGACAGGUCGAGGUCGAGGAGCCGGGGCAGGACACGCAGCAGCAGCUGCAGCCGCAGCCGCAGCAAGCGGAGGAGCCGGAGCGGGACGGGGCGCAGCUGGAAGCGGAGCAGGAGCUACAGCCGGGAUCGCAGCCGCAGCACCAGGAGCCUCUCCCAGAGAUCCCUCUCACGAAAGGGUUCCCGAGGUCACGAGAGCCCCGAAGAGAGGAGGUCUGGGAGGAGAGACUUCAUCAGGUCCAAAAUCUAUCGCUCGCAGUCUCCUCACUAUUUCCGAACAGGCCGGGGCGAAGGAGCGGUGCUGAAGAAGGAGGAGGGCAAAGGAGAGGAUCUGAAAGGGUCGGGCUCUUUCUCCCAGAACAGCAGCAGCUCGGGCACCGGGAGGGUCUCGGAAGGGGACUGCAGUCCAGAGGAGCGGAAUUCCGUCACGGCAAAGCUGCUCCUGGAGAAGGUUCAGUCCAGGAAGGUUGAGAAGAAGCCCUGUGUCACUGACGAGAUGCUGGUAGGGGCCAACAAGGUGGGUAUAAAGCUCAAAGAUCCUCCCCAGGGCUACUUUGGGCCAAAACUUCCUCCUUCCUUAGGCAAUAAACCGGUUCUCCCUUUAAUUGGGAAGCUGCCAACUGUUCGGAAACCAAAUUCCAAAAGGUAUGAAGAGUCUGGCUUGGAGAGGGGUGAGGAGCAAGAGCUGUCAGAUUCUGAGGAUGCUUCCCAAGGCAUGGAAGAGGCUCAGAUGGGCGGCCAGGAUCUGCUGGAGGAAGUGACCAUGGUGAUGCAGGAUAAACCUCUGGAUGAGCAGAAACGUGACGAUGCUGCUGUGGAAAUGCCAUCCAUCCCCCUCGAAGCGCCGGCGCUCCCUGAGUGCUUUGGUUCUGGAGAGCUGGUGAUGCCUCACAGCUUCCUCUCUGAUCCCAGCGAUGGCGAUGGACUAGAACCCAUGGAGAGGGGCAGCCAGCCCAUCCCAGUGGAAACUAGUAUGAUGCCCUUGGUUCCAGAUGUUGAGCACUUUCCUGGCUAUGUGCCUCAGAGCGGUGAGCGGAGCAUUGAAGGGGAUCAGGAGGGAGCAGAGGACUCUUCUCUGGCCCCGCUGGAGAGCCAGCCCAUCACUUUUACACCUGAGGAAAUGGAGAAGUACAGCAAGCUGCAGCAAGCUGCUCAGCAGCACAUCCAGCAGCAGCUCCUGGCAAAGCAGGUGAAGGCUUUCCCCGCCUCGGCCGCCCUGGCACCGGCAGCCCCGGCCCUGCAGCCCAUCCACAUCCAGCAGCCAGCAGCAGCCUCAGCCACCUCCAUCACCACGGUGCAGCACGCCAUCCUGCAGCACCACGCAGCCGCUGCCGCCGCCGCCAUCGGCAUCCACCCCCACCCCCACCCCCAGCCCCUCGCUCAGGUCCAUCACAUACCCCAGCCACACCUCACCCCCAUUUCCCUGUCCCACUUGACCCACUCCAUUAUUCCGGGGCACCCUGCCACCUUCCUAGCCAGCCACCCCAUCCACAUCAUUCCAGCCUCGGCCAUCCACCCGGGUCCCUUUACCUUCCACCCCGUUCCUCACGCUCUCUAUCCCACCCUGCUCGCCCCCAGACCCGCGGCCGCUGCCGCUGCCACCGCCUUGCACCUCCACCCUUUGCUGCACCCCAUUUUCUCAGGACAGGACUUGCAGCAUCCCCCCAGUCACGGCACAUGAAGGACAGAAUAAAGUCACCUUGGAGGAAGGAGAAAACCUUUGGCAUUUGAGGGAAGGGGUUUGAAGUUUGAGGCAGCUGGGAACAUGAGGUCGGAGAUUUCCUUUCACUCUGUAGCAGCCAAAGAAGCCGAAGGCUCCAGGGCUGGGCAAGUAGCAGGCAGUGGGUCAGUUGUGUGCAGCCACUUCCAGGGACUCUCUGGUGUCCCCAACACCUCCAUGCACGCAGCAGCACUGUCCCAGAAGAAACAUUUUACCUGUAGACCAGCAAGACACUCGGAAAGACCUUACUUUUUUUCCCUGGAUUCUUUACACUUGGUCAUCUUCCUUCUGCCGCCUUGUAGAUGAGAAAUGAGAUUUCACAUGCACUAAAUAGGUCUCUAAAAAAUCCUUUUAAUGAGGUCAUCUAAUUAAAAUAGUCAGCAUGAUUGAAUCCAGCUUGUCAUGGGUGAGGAAGCAUUCGGUGCCUGACUGCGGGCAAGGAGAGCACUGGGAGGGCAGGACCAGUUUGGAGCCAUUUCAGGAGAUUUCUUGGCAGCAUCUGCUGCAGGUUUUGUUAUCUGGGUGUCAGCAGCCCAGGUGGAAGUUCAGUCUUAUUUUAAAGGUGAAGCAAGGAGCUCCCACCCUUCUCCACCCUCCCUCAGCAUUCUCCUGCCCCAGAGCUGUGCCCUCGAUGCCUGCUGGGGGCCUGGACUGGAGGGGAGUUGGGGGGCUGCUGGUCCCAGUUUGGGCUGGGUGGUCCCUUCCAGUCUGGGCUGGUGAUUCUGAUCUGGGCUGGUGGUUCCAGUCUGGGCUUUGACCACUCCUUAGGGGGGGUGGGGGGAGGAAAAUCACUGACUUCUGCUGUGUUGGGAAAGAGGCACUGGGAUAGGAGAGGGAGAAGGAAAAUCCCUGUAGGAAUUGAAGCAAUACAGAGGACUGGGAGAGUGCCCGGGGUAUGUACAGUGUAUUUGUUCCUCUGUAAUACUGAUGGGUUCCUUAUUAAUUUAUAGGGUUAUUUUUUUUUUCAAAUUGUAAAGAAUUGCACUGAACUCUGUAAACAAAGAUGCUGCUUUUUGUAGCUCAUAUAAAAAGGUUACAUUUGUAGUAUACUGCAAUAAUAUUUUUUACAGCCCGUUCUUUUAGUGGUACUUGUUCCGGUGGCUUCUGUGUAAAUAUGUUUGCUGUAGGUGAAAUCAAACACUUGUAAAGGUUCAACUUUAUAGUUUCAGCUAGAUGCUAAAUGACUAAGCAUGUAUAUUUUACCAAGCUCAUGUAUUUUUGAAGUUUUUAUGUACUAUAAAAUGUAAAAAAAAAAAAAUAAAUAAAAACCAAUCUUCAUUUAGCAUUUUGGAAAACAAAACAAACCACAGAAGUGAGCCUUGGCCAGGGAGCGGGGGGGGAGUGGAGCACACGGGUGGCUCAGCAGCACCAGGGGAGGGAUGGGGGAUGCCUGGGGAGCAGCCUGAGCACCCUGUCCUCUCCUCCCCUGUGCUGGCCUUGGGGCAUGGACCCUGGAGGUGGUUGUGGGGGUGUCAGGCACUGGGUUGGUGCCCAGAGUACAAAAUACACACACACACUUUUUCUUUCUUUUUUCCUUUUUUCUUUUUUUUUUUUUUCUUUUUCCUUUUCCUUCCCCAGUUUGCAGCAGUGCCCUGCAGGUACCAUCGUGGCUCAGCAGAGGGGUUCAGCCCCCUGGGGAAGGAUGAGGCCUUUCCCCCAUCCCUGUUUGCCUCCUUCCCCAGGGAGAGCUGCUGUAGGACAAACCUCUGGGUGGUCCUUGAGGUUCUGAUGUUCCCCAAGGGAUUUCUCUUCCCAUCCCAGGCUCUUCUGCUGCCUGCUGGCCCUGGGAGGCUCCUCCAUCACCACCUCCUCCCAUGGCACUGGGAAGGUUCCUGCUCUCCCCUCGGGGGGUUCCAGGUUUGGGGCCUCCUGUCAGAACAUUGAAAAGGCACCUGAGGGGCUGGCAGGGCAGCAAAGGGACAUGGAGAGACUGAGAGGAUGGAAAAACCUCUGAGCUUCCUCACUCCAUAAAGGAGAAACUUUGGGUUUGAGCAGGUCAGGCUGAAACAGUCAGGAAAAAAGGGACUCAAUUUCUCUGUACAUAAAAUUAACACCCACAGUAUUAAUUAAUGUCUCUGUGCUGAGCUUCUAGAUCCAGUCUGUGUUGUGGCACCCUUCACACUGCAGUCAGGGCUUGGGGGGUUUGGUUGUGUGGGGGUUUUUUGUUCAGGUUUUUUUUUUUCCUUGGACUUCCAGAACAAUGCUAAAACUAAUUAACCUGUCAUUACUUAACAAGCAUAAACAGACUGUAUUUAACUUUGUCACAUAAGAUAUAUAUAUAAAUAUAUAUAUGCUGUAAAAUGAGGGGGGGGGAAAGAAAAACCUU